GAACACCAAAAAAAUUUCCCGACCCUCCAAAACUUCUCGUUUUCGGAUUGUGACUUUUUUUUUAGUUGAUAAACACGAGCUCUGAUACGAUUGCUGGCCCAUCGUUCUGAAUCUUGAGAUUGAGCUUCGCAGCAUCUUUUUUGGUACCAGGAAACAGUACUGUCUUGCUGCUGUAAGCAAUGGGAGAGGGAGAUGCGUCUGAAUUAUCCGAGUCAAUGGUGAAUGGCGAUGUGGCAAUGGUGGAAAAGUGUGAAACUUUGGCGGAUAAAAAAGAUUCUGACGGCAGUGGUGUAAAGGAGAUGGAUGAAGAUAACAGGGAUGUUGAUACACCUGAUGUGGAUAAAAUGGAUGUAGAUGUAGGGCAUGUGAAUGAAAAAGACAUUAAAGAUGAAACAAAAGAAAACAGAGACGAGGGCGUAAAGGAAGAUGAUGAAAACCUGGAGGACAAGGCUGAGGCAAUGACUGGAGAGGUAGCUGUGGAAAAUCCCGAUGACACUAAAGACAAGGAAGAAAAAGAGGCUGUUGAAAGUGAUGAUAAGGUGGAGAAAGAUGCUGAAGAGACUAAUGAUAAGGUUGGCAAAGAAGCUGGAGGAAAUGAGGAUAAGGUGGAGAAAGAAGCUGAUGAGAGUAUGGAUAAGGUUGAGAAAGAGGCUGAAGAAUCUAAGGAUAAGGGUGAAAAAGAGGCUGACGAAUCUAAGGAUAAGGUCGAAGAAGAGGCUAAUGAGAUUAAGGUUGGAAAAGAGGCUGAUGAGAACAAGAAUCUGGUUGAAAAAGAGGCUGAUGAGAAUGAAGAUGUUGAGAAAGAGUCUGAUGAGAAUGAAGAUGUGGUUGAAAAAGAGGCUGAUGAUAAUGAAGAUGCUGAAAAAGAGUCUGAUGAGAAUGAAGACGUGGUAGUAAAAAAGGCUGAUGAGAAUGAAGAUGUGGUAGUAAAAAAGGCUGAUGAGAAUGAAGAUGUGGUUGUAAAAAAGGCUGAUGAGAAUGAAGAUGUGGUUGAAAACAAUGCUGCUGAGAAUGAAGAUGUGGUUGAAAAGGAGGCUAAUGAGAAUGAAGAUGUAGUUGAAAACAAGGCUGUUGAGAAUGAAUGUGUGGUUGAAAAGGAGGCUAAUGCAAAUGAAAAUCUAGUUGAAAAAGAGGCUGAUGAAAAUGAGGGUGUGGUUGAAAAAGAGGCUGAUGAGAAUGAGGAUAUGGCUGAAAAAGAGGUUGAUGAAAAUGAGGAUGUUGAUGGAGAAGAUGUUGAUGACGAUACAGAGAUGCCUGAAAAAGAGACUGAUCUGCCAAAAGAUGAAAAUGAAAGUGAUACCAUUGAAGGGUCUAGUGCUGAUAUAGAAUCAAAGAAGAAUGCUAAGUUGAAAAGUAAUCCUGUGGAGAAAGAAAAAAAGAAGAAGACAACUGAAGAUAAGAAAGAGAUAGUUCCGAAAACUCCAACUGCGCCUACAAUUGAACGUCCUGUUCGUGAACGAAAAUCAGUUGAGAGACUUGUUGCAUCCAUUGAGAAAGAUUCUGCCAAGGAAUUCCGUAUAGAAAAGGGACGUGGAACUGCACUCAAGGACAUUCCAAAUGUGGCAUAUAAAUUAUCCAGAAAGAAGACAGAAGAUACCUUCAAACUGCUUCAUAAUAUACUCUUUGGAAGGAGAGGAAAGGCUGCUCAAUUUAAGAGUCAUUUGUCACGGUUUUCUGGUUUUGUGUGGCAUGAGAAUAUGGAAAAACAAAGGCUGAAAGUUAAAGAAAAGUUUGACAAGUUUGUAAAAGAAAAAUUGUUGGAAUUUUGUGAUGUGCUUGACCUACCUGUUGCCAAGACAACAUCAAAGAAGGAAGAUUUAGUGUGGAAGCUGGUGGAAUUUUUGGAGGCCCCUCAUGCUACGACUUCUGAGCUUCUUGUCGAAAAAGAGCAGUCAAGUAAAGGAAAGCGUAAGAGGCCUAGCAACAAAAGCGGAUCAUCAGCUUCUGGGAGUUCAAAAGGCUCAGCUAAGAGUCCAAAGCUUGAGAGUUCAUCCAAAAAGGGUGAGAAAAAAGACGAUUUACAUGAAUCUGAAAAUGAAUCAGAAGAUGAACAUGAAGAAAAGGCUAAUGGCAUUUCAGACAGAUCAGAUGAUGAGAUUUCAGACCAUGCUGACAGUGAUAAGAAAGAUGGAUCUGAAGAUGAGCUUGAGGAAGAUAAUAAAGAGCAAUCAAGGUCUAAGAAGACAACAUCAAAGGAAUCUGAAGAUGAGGCUGAGAAGGAUAAGAAAAAGCAACUGAGGUCAAAGAAGUCAGCAACAAAGGGAUCUAAAGAUGAGCCUGGCAUGGGUAAGAAAAAACAGCCAAAGGCAAAUAAGUCGGCACGAAAGGAAUCCGAAGACGGGUCUGCUGAUAAGAAAAAUCAACUGAAGUCAAAGAAGUCAACCUCAAAAGAAUCUGAAGAUGAGUCUGAUGCAGAUAAGAAUAAGCAACCAAAGGCAAAGAAGCCUACCUCGAAGGAAUCCGAAGAUGAGUCGGAUGCAGAGAAGAAUAAGCGUUCAAGGGUGAGGAAGUCAGCACCAAAAGAAUCUGGAGAAGAGUCGGAAGAGGAUAAGAAAAAGCGUUCGAAAAUAAGGAAAUUAGCACCAAAAGAAUCUGAAGAUGAGUCCGAGGAUGAUCAGAAAAACCACGAGAGCAAGUCAAAGAAGGUGCAAUCAAAUGGAUCUGAUGAUGAAUCUGAUGAUGGUGAACCAAAGAAAAAACAAGCUUCUACUAAAUCAUCAUCAAAGAAGGAUUCUGCUGGGAAGUCCAAGACCAAGAACAUAUCAACCCCUAAAAAACCUAGUGUGCCCAAAAAGACUGCAUCAAAAACUUCAAGUCAUACCAAAGUCAAUGAUGAUGCAAGUACAAAAUCAUCCUCAAAGAAGAAAAAAAGUGAAACAGCAAAAGAAAAGCCCCAAACUCCAAAGAAGGCAGCUUCUAAAGAAAAUAAAGGGAAGAAGGUUAUGAAAGCAAAGGAUUCCCCAAAAGAAGUUCAAUUAAAGCCAUCUGAUGAUGUUUUGAGAGAAUCCAUUUGUGAAAUCCUUAAAGAAGUGGACUUCAACACGGCCACCUUCACGGACAUUCUAAAGAUACUAGGCAAGCAGUUUAACAAAGACUUCUCAUCAAGAAAGGCUUCUAUAAAACUCAUAAUCCAAGAUGAGCUCACCAAACUAGCCGAAGAGGGAGACGAGGAGGAAGAUGAAGCUGGUGGUGCCUCCAAGGAUGAAACACAGCAGCCUUCCAGUCAUGGCAUAGAGGCCUGAAACACACGCAGCGCGGUUCGCCGAUGCCUCCACCCACUCAUGCCUUAAAUGUUGUGUAUUUUGUCUUUUGGAAUACCCAAACUUCAUCAUAUCCUAACCGGUGUUCCAUCCGAUUGUAACCAUGCUUUGAUUAGGAAUUCUGAAAGUAGAAUUGUCCUUGAGCUCUCUCUGUAUUAAUGCCAAGGCGUUCUCCUUCUGUAGCACUAGAAACCUGUAGGAUUUUUGGUUUUAGUUUUUUUUUCCUUCAAAUUUUAAAGUAUAAUUAGCUGAGUGUUUACAGAGAUUAUAAAGACAUGGUGCUCCCUACAUUUGUCAUGGUUCGCCAGCUACUAAAAGCCUUUUUAUAUUCUUGCAAAUGCUGUAAUAAUCCAGGAUGACAUUG